CCAUAAAUCUUGUUAGCAUUAUUGCAAAACCCGAAAUCACAAUCACGAAAAACCCUUUUCUUGUUUCCUCUCCCCUUUUAUUUUUCUCUAACAAAACCAAAAGCAAAACCUCAAUUCCAAGAGUAUUAUUCUCUUCAAUGUCUUACAAUAAAGAACUUGCUGCUGCCAAGAAAGCUGUCUCUCUUGCUGCCCGCCUCUGCCAGAAGAUGCAAAAAGCUAUCUUGCAAUCAGAUGUCCAAUCAAAAUCAGAUAAAAGUCCCGUCACUGUUGCUGAUUAUGGCUCUCAAGCACUAGUUAGUUAUGCUCUGCAGCGGGAGCUUCCUUCUGAACAAUUCUCCUUAGUGGCCGAGGAGGAUUCAGAAGAUCUCCUCAAGGAUGGUGGCCAGGAAACACUAGAGCGAAUCACAAAACUUGUUAACGAUAUUCUAGCUAGCGAUGGAUCAUAUAGUGAUUCUACUUUAUCCACUGAAGAUAUUGUCAAGGCCAUUGACUGUGGAAAAUCUGAAGGUGGUUCUCGAGGCAGACACUGGGUUCUGGACCCAAUAGAUGGCACUAAAGGGUUUUUAAGAGGAGAUCAAUAUGCAAUAGCUUUAGCAUUGCUAGAUGAAGGGACAGUAGUGUUGGGCGUCUUGGCUUGUCCCAAUCUUCCGUUAACUUCCAUUGCUGGUGGCUCUCAGCCUUCUUUGCCUGGCGAAGUUGGUUGCCUUUUCUUUUCUGUAGUUGGCGGUGGAACUUACAUGCAGCCACUGGAUAGCUCUUCAGCAGUGAAGGUGCAAGUCAGCGCUACUGACAAUCCUGAAGAAGCAUCGCUCUUUGAAUCAUAUGAAGCAGCACACUCCAUGCAUGAUCUAUCUAGUUCAAUUGUCACAAAACUUGGUGUCAAAGCACCACCAGUUAGAAUUGAUAGCCAAGCAAAGUAUGGCGCUCUGUCUAGAGGAGAUGGGGUCAUAUACUUGCGAUUUCCACAUAAAGGUUACCGUGAAAAAAUAUGGGAUCAUGCUGCUGGAUGCAUAGUUGUAUCAGAAGCUGGGGGUCUGGUCAUAGAUGUUGCAGGGAACCCCUUAGAUUUUUCAAGAGGAAGAUACCUGGAUCUUGACACAGGCAUCAUUGUUACGAAUCAGAAACUGAUGCCAUCACUUUUGAAGGCAGUUAGAGAAUCCAUAGAGGAGAAAGCUUCAUCAUUGUGAUUCUACUGAUGAAUGAAGUCAUUUCCUUUGCUAAGUUUGUUAGCAACUCAAAUCAGUUUUACGUGACUUGAAUUUUCCACUCUAUGUUUGCUCAAUGUAUGUUGAGCAUGAAACUCUUGCAACUUGUGAAUUCAAAUGUAUUAUCCGAUGCAUAAUAGUAAUGUCAUUCUGCUAAUCUGCAAAAA